CUCCCCCCGCCCUGUGUGUUAGUUCCACGCUGCUAUCUUGUGAAUGGGUCAAGACUGAAAAAACAGAAAGCUAUCCGGUCUUUCGGUUUUAAACGGUUUACCCCUAUGUUCCUCCGUUCAUUCUGGACCUGUCAGAUAACGAACCUGUCACGCGACGAUAGAUCAAGAGCUCUCAAAUUUGUGCUCGACGUGUUGCUGGUAGAGUCAUGACCCUGAGACAAUCCAAUGGCUGCAAACAGCUGACCUUGACCAUUGGCCUGACCCUGACUCUAGGCCUGCUGCAAUGGCCAGUAGCAGAUGUUGGUGGUCAGGAUGGACCGUCUCCUACGCAAGUCCUUCAGGAGCUACUGACACGCUAUGGCGACAACACCAGCAUCUCUAUCCCACAGCUGCGAGCACUCCUCGUGCGCUUAAAUGGAGACCAUGUUGCGCAGACACAACCCACCAAACCCAACGCAUCUAAGUGCUUGCCUGCAGACACUUUGGCAGUGUAUGGGAUGAGCGAACAGUCUCGUAUAGAUGAACGUGGCCUGCAUGAAAUCUGCCCUUCCAUUAUACAGCAGCUGGACUCUCAAGCGUGCAAGACCCAACAGGACCAAGAGUCUGAGAGCAGCCCCAGACCCACUUAUGCUGAGGUGUGGGGGUAUGGUUUCCUGUGUGUGACACUGAUAUCUCUGUGUUCACUGUUCGGGGCGAGUGUGGUUCCCUUCAUGAGGAAAACCUUUUACAAGCGGUUGCUGCUGUACUUCAUAGCCCUGGCCAUUGGUACUCUGUACUCCAACGCCCUCUUUCAACUAAUCCCAGAGGCCUUUGGAUUUGACCCCAUGGAAGAUUAUUAUGUGUCCAAGUCUGCUGUCGUGUUUGGAGGAUUCUACCUGUUCUUCUUUACAGAGAAAGUCCUCAAGAUGAUCUUGAAGCCAAAGGACAAGGGGGGGCAUGGCCACGGCCACAGUCACUUUCCUGCAGAGCACUAUGCCAACUCUAAUGGAGACUUGGAGGAUGGCGUGAUGGAGAAACUGCAGAAUGGAGAGGCUGGAGAAGCAUCUUUACCCAGAGUGGAAGGUGAUGUCAGAAGGCUUGGAGAAGAUGACAAAAUGAUCAGCACUGGGCAGACAGUACAGGACUCUCAGAGUUCAGGUGGUGCUGGAACGGGUGGAUGUUAUUGGCUUAAGGGCAGGGCAUACUCUGACAUCGGUACUCUGGCAUGGAUGAUCACUUUGAGUGACGGUCUGCACAAUUUCAUUGAUGGUUUGGCUAUCGGAGCCUCCUUCACUGCUUCUGUGUUUCAGGGCAUCAGUACAUCAGUGGCAAUUCUUUGUGAAGAGUUUCCACAUGAGUUGGGUGAUUUUGUAAUCCUGCUAAACGCUGGAAUGAGCAUCCAGCAGGCACUCUUCUUUAACUUCCUGUCAGCGUGCUGCUGUUAUCUGGGCAUGGGCUUCGGAAUCCUGGCUGGGAACAAUUUCUCUCCUAACUGGAUCUUUGCUCUAGCCGGAGGCAUGUUCCUCUACAUUGCACUGGCUGAUAUGUUUCCGGAGAUGAAUGAGGUGAGUCGUGAAGAAGAGGAGGCCGGAGGAAGUGGAUCUCUGCUAACUUUCGCCAUCCAGAACGCAGGGCUUCUCACAGGGUUUGGCAUCAUGCUUGUACUCACCAUCUACUCUGGACAGAUACAGCUUGGAUAACAGAGGACCUAAAUACAAACUCAGACACUGAAGGACUUUCUCAGCACCUGGACUAAAACCUGAGACCUACUGGGACCUCCAGACUUUAAUAUGAGCUAGCAGUGCUGGCUUGUUUUAAAACGUUUGCCCAGCUGGACUAGGUAAUGACAUAAAUUGAAGUAUUUUGGGCAUAGUUUUGGCUCAGAGUAAACCCUGGACUGUUUAAAUGAGGCUAGAAAUGACUGACCCGCGAACUUUGCUUUAGAUUCAUCCAAAACCUGGGACCUGUUGAUGCAUGUGGUACCAUUCAUCUAGUUUAGGACUUCUCUUGGUCCUUAGCCUUAAAGUUUUAGGACAGUGAUGUCCCUGUAUCAUGUGGAUUCUCAUUCCCCAACAUCUGGGCAUUUUUGUAUUGAUUUCUAAGGUUCUCACUGUUUAAUUGUUAUUGUGUUUUUUAACCAAAUGUCUCUUUCCCUCAGAGAAAGGCCUUUCUCCUAAUCCUGACCACGAGAUUUAGAGUAUUGUCCUGUAACUGAUGUGUAAUGGGAGAAAACUUUCGUUAUUUAAUUUUUCCCCUUAAUGUCAUUCCGUUAUGCCAAGCCAAAACUGUAGAUGCUUGAAACACAAAGGCACUAACUCUUGUUUUGGAAGGUUUUUAUUUGACCUCUUUAACAAAAAAGCAGAGACCAAGGUUCUUCUAGAAAAAUUUCCUCUAACUUUUAUCUUUUCAUUUACAUGACCAGAAUAAGUGAUGCAUAGUCUCACAAACACCCUCCUAUUAUUUGUACUAUCUAUAACUUUGCGUAUUAAUUGACAGAGAAAAAUGAACACAUCAACCUCAAUUAAUUUAACUAUUAUGAUAAUUACUCUUACAAAACUCUAUAAAACACCUAUUUUCUACAUGCUUUUGUUUGAUCUGAAUGCAGUACUCUUCAUAAUUUAAGAAAUAAUUAGGAAAUGCAGGCAAAAUGUGUGCAUAAAGGUGGUGUUGUAGUGUUUCUAUAAUAAUGAUCAUUCCUCUACAUUCAGCACUGCAGGGCAAUACUUCGAGCUCUUUGCUAAUUUAGCAUCUACUGACAGAAAUCAUUUUGAUUAUCGCUGGAUUUAAAGCUGAUGUGUG